AUGAAGUUAUGGGAUAGCCUGACCAUUUGUUUGAUACUGCUGAGCGCCGUGCACGCCAGCCGGCUGCUACGGAGCCGACCACAGUCCACUUCCACCGAAAGGAAAGGGCCCGCCGCCGAGAGUCCCUUGGAGCUCCGGCCGGUUCAUGUCCGCCUGUCUCUCACUUCCCCGGCAAUCGGCGGUGCUGAGGCUGAUAAAGCGGACCGGGAAAGAAAGCUGGCUGAAGGAGAAAAAAACACCAUGGAGGAGUCCCCCUCAAAUGAGUUUAAGGACAUGGUGGAUUUAAUAAAAGUGACCAUCAGUAGAAGACGUCGUUCCUCCUCAUCCACUGUGUCCUCUUCUACCUCCUCCACCAACUCUCCCCCCUCCGAAGAAGACCUGAGAAGCAGGACUAGACUCAGGAGGGAAAGGAAGAAGGGGGCAAGCCAGCCGAGUGGAGGUAGAAGAGGAAAAGGUAGAGGAGGGGAGACAGGAAGGAAGGUAAAAGGAGGGAACAGACGAGGACAGGGCUGUGUGCUUAAACAGAUCCACCUCAAUGUGACAGACCUUGGGCUGGGUUACAGCUCGAGCGAGGAAAUGGUAUUCAGGUACUGCUCUGGACCCUGCAGGAAGUCCGAGACCAACUAUGACAAAAUUCUUUACAACCUCGCUCACAACAGGAGGCUUCCUCCUAAAGACACGCUCCCACAGGCCUGCUGUCGGCCAAUAGCGUUUGACGAUGACCUCUCGUUCCUGGACGACAACCUGGUGUACCACAUCGUGAGGAAGCACUCUGCCAGGAAGUGUGGCUGUGUGUAG